UGAACAUAGUAGAAGGCAACAACUGCAGCUGAUGGUGUAAACACGUCACUUUGUGCAGCAGCACGCGGUUGUGCUUCACUAGGAAGGUAAGAGGAGACAACUUCAUCUUCCACUUGCUUUCUGCAACUCAUGCGUAGAAGCCAAAGUGAGACAAGAGUAACAAGUGCAUGGCCUUUACUACAGCCCAGCCAUUUAAUGCUGAGGAAAGAUUAGGUGACAUUCCCAACUGGAAUACAGUAUUUAUACAGCCUCGCUCCUUGGCAUACUCAACUGCAAGAUCCAACAUCAUCAUCACCACCAAUUUUGCAAUGUACACGAAAAGGAGCAAAGUAAUCUGAAUUAUAGGACAAGAAAAAAAAGAAAGAAAACUUGGCCUAGAGACUGAUGGAUGUUAAAGAAGCAGAGUUGUGUUAAUGCGAUCCCAUGGAAACUGAAAAGAGCGACUUUUCUCAGUUGGAAGAAGAGAUGGUGAACACACAAUCUGGUUUUUUAUCCAAUCAGAAUUUAAUAAUGCAAGAUCAACCAAGCAUGACCUUUACAUCAGGAUCUCUAGAUAAUGAGUGCUCUCCUAUAAAUCCAACAGAUGAGGCCAUACAAGAUCAAACAGGUUCAUUGACAUCGUGUUUACCAAUGGACAGUUAUGGUGGAAACACACUUGAUUCUGACAGCCAGACUGAAAGAAAAAGCUCAGAUUCAUCCAUGAGCCCUGACCUUUCCUUGUCACCCCAAGACCACAUUCCAAUGAGUUUCUCAGGAAACACCUCUCCAAGAGAUGGCUACAGAAGGUACAGCUGUGAUGACCCCACAGAAGCCAGUUUUGGUAAAUUCAUGAAAGAGAAAAAACUGUUUCAUCCUUACAAGAGGCAAUUCAGUGAUGUAUUUCCAGAGACUCUCCAUUCUAUGUCUCUUGGGGAGAAAACUUUCAAAAGCAUGGAUGCAAUAGACAGUUUUGAAAAUGUCUGCGGUCCUGAAGACAAUGAGUCAUUUGCCACGCAUAUUCCCGGUAUAGCUGUGGAAACGGCAUGGUGUAAUUCUAUACAGUACAGCACCAGCCAUGAUGAAGGUUCACAGAUGAUGCUGGGGUCAGAAGUAAAGCUGAAGCCCCAAACUUUACUGUUGAGACAGCAAGAAAAAGAGCAAAGGAUGUAUUGGUCCCAAUCCCCAACUCAGCAGAUUUAUUGUGCCCCACAGACAUUUCCUCAGUAUUCCACAGGAGGAAGCUAUCCUGUUACAUACAUUUCUACAUCGCAUUAUCCUUACCAAAGGAUUGCACCACAAGCUGGCAUGGAAUCCCAGCAACCCCUGUACCCAAAACCCAUUUAUUCCUACAGCAUCCUGAUAUUUAUGGCUUUGAAGAAUAGUAAAACAGGCAGUCUUCCUGUAAGCGAGAUCUACAAUUUUAUGACUGAGCACUUUCCCUAUUUCAAGACUGCUCCAGAUGGUUGGAAGAACUCAGUGCGUCACAACCUGUCUCUAAACAAGUGUUUUGAGAAAGUGGAGAAUAAAUCUGGAAGUUCAUCCCGAAAAGGGUGUUUGUGGGCGCUGAACCCAGCCAAGAUUGACAAGAUGCAAGAGGAGCUGCAGAAAUGGAAACGGAAAGAUCCUGUAACAGUGAGGAAAAGCAUGGCCAAGCCAGAGGAUCUUGACAAGCUGAUAGGUGAACGAACAGAGAAACUAAGAUCCACACUUCUGGCUUGUAACCCCUCCAGUAUCAUGAAUACAUCCACAAUGCACAUGUCUAUCCAGAAUGAACAGAACAUUUCUCCCACCAUGUCUGCAUCACUUCAACCAAUGCAUGAUGUCUCUGAAUCCUUGCAUGCCAAGAAGCCACCACCAUGUUAUAACUCCCUCCCCCAUGGAUACCCUCAGAUCUCCCCAGCAAUGAUACAGCAGUCUCAUCCAAUACCACAAAAUCAUUAUUCUCCACCAGAGAAUCAAAGAGAACUGAAUACCCAACCCAUUAACCCCCAGGACUCUCCAAUACCUGCCCACACCCCUCCUCUUCACAACAUGAAGAUGUUAACUGAGCACUCCCCUGCCAGAACCAUGCAAGACCACCUUAUAGAGGGCGAGCUGAGCAAUGAUAUUGAUGCCCUCAAUCCUUCUCUUACGGACUUUGAACUUCAAGGAAACCUCUGGGAGGAACUUAAGGAUGACAGUCUGGCAAUGGAUCCCAUAAAUCUGAUCUCUUCCUCCCCAACCCAUCCUCCACCACAUUACUACAUGCACAACGGGAACUGCAGUGGCAAUGGAAUCGGCUCCCCUAGCAGUAAUGCACAUAUGGGAUUGGGCGAUAUCCAUCUCACCACUGUUUAUUCCUCAUACAUGGAGAUGGACACUGCAGUGCCGUCCUACAUCAAUGGCUCUGGAUCUAAGCAUGUCGCAAUUGUUUAAAGUAACUCCACAGACUACACUAAAUAUAAGAGGAUUUACCACAGAUAUUUAUAUAAUGCAUAAUGAAAUAUCAGAGAUAAAAGCAAUAUUCUUCUAUUACAGAGAAGACGGACACUAUGCGUUCUAGAAUAUUGUUAACGUAUAAUAUAUGUUAGAUUGCACAAGUAGCACACAAGUAUGAGCUUAGAACAUAGGUCAAGGAAUAAAUCAGCUAGAAAUGAAAAUAAAAAAUUCGGCCGUCAAAAUCCUUUUUUUUUUCUUUUUGCAGUUUGCCGGCCGUAAUUUUACUGGAGCAUGCUUAGACGGAUAACAGACCCCACAUUCUCUGUUAUUCUGAAGAAAAAGUAAUUUACCUAAAUUUAAUUUAAAUCUUGCAUCUUUAGUAUUUAAUAUACUCCUUUUUUUUUAUCGUGACACAACUUUAUCCCAACGGAAAAGUGGCUGAAACUGUUUACCAGUGAUAAAAUGUAUAAUUGCCUUCCGUCCUCCAUAGAGGAUAAUGUUAAACAGCAAAUGAACCAGUGUCUGGAUUUUAACAGAAAACAAUGGCAAAGUUUGCCAGCGUGCACCUUACCUAAGAUGCCAUGCACAUGGAGGGUAGUUGAGGUGGCACACAGAGUGCUUUCAACUUCUGCUAUGGAGACACUCCAUGUGCCUGCAUAUAGCCUGUCUCUGUAUGGUAUCAUAUAAUAGAGAUAUUUACCCCUAGGAGGAAUGCUUAUAUAAAAGAAUACCUCCAUAAUACAGCAUCUAAUGAACAUGCCACUGUUUUUUUGUUUUGUUUUUUUUUUGUUGUAUUUUUUAAUCAGAUUGCAUAUGAAGUCAGGGACAUACAUAAACCUCUAUGGGUGCUACACAACUAUGUGUAUAAGGCCUUACCAUGAGCAUAUAUUUAACACACUUUUAGUUAAAUGUUAGUAAAGAGUAAUAUUUAGUAAAUAGUUUUGAAAUUCACAAUAUUUCAAAUGAGCCCUUAUGAUAUGGGGGCUGAUUUAUUAUCUUUAGCAUAUAUUUCAUGUUUCUAUCGCACAUUCCUAUAUAGAAACACUGUCUAUACAAAAGGGCAGAAUUUGCUAUGUCAAACACUUUCAGCUGGUUUGACACAUCUGUAUUAUGGCCACAACACCCACACCUUCUGUAAUUCUUCUAAACCAAACAUCACCAUAGGGUUCUAUGACCAUGUCAGUAUAGGUCAAUGGCACCACAUAGGGUCUGGGGGCUAUACUAAAGUUUAAGACACCUACAUACAAGCAGAACUGUGUAUAUAUGGAACUUUGUAUGGCAGCACAUGGUGUCCCGCUAGCUCCUAGACUUUACCUACAGUUGUAUAAUAUAUGUUGCCAUACUGUGUUUUCUUAUGGCACUGGUUUUAUAGAGGUAUUCCUCUUGAAGGGGUACUCCACUGCUCCAGAGUCCGGAACAUUUU